AUGGUAGAUGAGCAGCAUAUGGCGGUUCAGGAGGUGGCGAUGCCCAGCAUUGCUAAUGUCACCUCCAGCAUUGUGAAGCCCAGAAUUACUGGGCACUUUGAGCUAAAACAGAGCAUGAUCCAGCUACUUCAUGCGAAUGGGCAGGGCCAGACAAACCAGUAUGGGAACACUUACAAUCCUAACUGGGGGAAUCACCCAAACUUCUCUUGGGGUGGAUACCAAGGUGCUCAAAAUCAGUACAUGCCACAAGCACCUCAACAACAAUAUAGACCACCUCACGUUGAACAACAUGCAAACUUGAUGAGUCACCUUGAGGAGAUGAUGAGGAAAUUAAUUGCUGACCAGCAGGCCCAAGCAGCAGAGAUGAUUGAGAAAUUGAUGGCUGACCAGCAGGCCCAAGCAGCAGCGAUGAGAAAAUUGGAGCAACAAAUGGGGCAACUUGCCAGCGCCCAAAAUACUCGACCAGUUGGAGCUCUUCCAAGCGACACUGAGGCUAAUACUAAGGAUUCAGAAAAGCCAGCUGAAGAUGUGGUGGCUAAGAAACCCCCACCAUUAGUUGCGAAGCCACCACCCCCAUUCCCUCAAAGAUUGCAGAAAUUGAAGGAUAAUGCCGCAUAUACAAAGUUUCUUGAUAUUUUGAAGCAUGUGAAAAUCAAUAUUCCACUGGUAGACAUCCUGCAAGAAGUGCCCAAAUAUGCUAAAUACAUUAAGGACAUAGUGGCAAAUAAAAGGAGGUUGACCGAGUUUGAGAUUGUGUCACUCACUAAGGAAUGUAGCUCAAGAAUUCAAAGCAAGCUACCUCAGAAAUUGAAGGAUACGAGUAGUUUCACUAUCCAAAUAUCGAUUGGUAAGCAUGUAGUCAAGCGAGCUUUGUGUGAUCUUGAAGCGAGCAUCAAUUUGAUGUCGCUAUCUGUGUUCAGAUAA